GCUUUAAAUAAUAGAAGCAUGGCUGGGAUUUCUCUCUCUUUUCUCUCUCCAGGAAUUUUGGUCUUUUGAAGAGUAGAGAGAUUGAUUGAUUGAUCCGUAUUGUAAUUGCGCUCGUCUUUCGAGGUUGGUCUUAGCUGAAUUCUCUGUAGUAAGCUAGUUCUUUUGAAGAGAGUGAAAUGGAAAGAGAUUUUUUGGGUUUGAGUUCAAAAGAACCAUUGACUGUGGUUAAGGAGGAGGUAAACGCUGAUGGGUGUAAAGAGUCAGGUCUAGGGAUGCAGUGGCCCUUCUCUAACAAGGUCUCCACCCCUCGUCAUUCCACGGCUGAAAUCCAGAAAUUAUUCAAUCUCAAUAGACAAGGUGGGACUCAUUUUUCACUGACUGCUUAUCCUGUGCAACACGAUGUGCAUUCUAUGCAUCAUCCUCAUGAUGUGAAGAUGUUUCCAGUCUCCAAUCAUGCAAUUCCAAUUUCUAUGGGCAACCAUUUCUUCAAGAAUCAUUAUCCAGCAACGGGUCAGAAUAUGGCUGGGACUACCACGAAGCCACAGUUGCUAGGAGGAAUUCCUGUCACAGCUCCACAUUCAAUUUUUCCAAUGGUUGGUUCUGUUGCUGGGUUAACAGACUCAAGUGUCAAGGCAUCCGGGUCUCCUGCUCAAUUGACCAUCUUUUAUGCUGGCUCAGUCAAUGUCUAUGAUGAUAUAUCCCCUGAGAAGGCUCAGGCAAUCAUGUUCUUGGCUGGAAAUGGGUCUUCCAUUUCAUCUAACUCGGCACAGCCAAUAGUGCAAGGCCAGGCAUCUAGCUCUAAGCCAGCAGCAGCUGAUCUUGGUCCCGUGAACCAACCUAUGAUGUCCACUCCACCAUGCUCUCGUCUCUCAAGCCCAUCACAUACUGGUGCCCAAUCAGGGAGUGGGUCAACUAGUACUGAGGAAAUCAUAGCAACUAAAACCACAGGAGCUGUGACCACUCAUGUUACCAAACCAGAGCAUCAAAAGACAGCAAAUGUAGUGGGAUCUGUUACUACAACCACCAUGAUGCCAUCUGUCCCUCAGGCUCGAAAAGCAUCCUUGGCUCGGUUUUUAGAGAAGCGCAAGGAAAGGGUGAUGAAUGCGGCACCAUACAACCUCAAUAAGAAAUCUCCACAUUUUACCAACCCUGAACCCUAUUAAGCAAGUUAUCUGCAAUCUCUGCAGCCUGAACUGGUUGUUCUUUUAGCAAGAAAAGGGAGUGGACCACUAUGCAUGAAGCCAGAGCAGAAGGGAAUAAUUAUUGAGAUUUUGUGUAGCAAGUUAAAGGUGUCAGUAGUGUUUUCUUUUGUAGAAUGAUUGUAAUCACGACUCUGUUUGAUCGUCAAACCUAACUCUUAUUCUAUUCUAUUCUACUAUACACUAGAGGUGUACAACUCAGCUGCUUUACUAUUCAUAUGCUUUGCUAUUCAUGUAAACGAAGAAGCAACUUGUAUUUUUUUUAUCUC